AUGAGAUAUAACAUGGCGCCGGUAGACAAUUCACCAAGAGAAAACAUGGGAGCAUUUGACUUUAUAUAUUCAAUAAAAGCAAAUGAUACAAUACCGGUACAUAUUUAUAAAUCCAGAGAUACUGGAAUUACUGUUUGUAUUGCAGACGUUGAGGGACCUGUUGUAAAUGGUUACUUUUGUCUUGCUACUGAGGCACAUGAUGAUGAUGGACUACCUCACACAUUGGAACAUCUUGUUUUCCUGGGUAGUGAGGAUUAUCCAUACAAAGGUGUUUUGGACUUAUUGGCCAAUAGAUGUUUAGCAUCUGGUACCAAUGCUGCAACACAAAUUGAUUCUACUUUUUAUACUAUGAUAACUGCUGGAAGUGAAGGAUUUCUAUCUUUAAUGCCUAUAUAUUUAGAUCAUAUACUUUACCCAUUACUUACGGAUGCAGCUUUUCUUACUGAAAUACAUCAUGUUAAUGGUGAAGGUGAAGAUGCAGGUGUAGUUUAUUGUGAAAUGCAAGGGAAAGAAGCUACAGGAGAAUAUUUGGUAUACAUGGAACAGAUAAGAGCACUUUUUCCUGGACGAUGUGGUUACAAAUCUAAUGUAGGAGGAGCAUUAAAAAAUUUAAGAGAAAGUACUAAUAAUGAAAAAAUUAGAGAAUACCAUCAAGAAUUUUAUAGACCGGAGAAUUUAACAAUAGUAAUUGCUGGUCAAGUGAAACAUGCAGAUGUAUUUAAAGCACUACAAACCAUAGAAAAGAAAAUAAUAGCAAAGGGAAAUAGAAAUUUUUUUAAAAGACCUUGGCAAAAUCCUAUACCACCUCUUACUAAAACUGUUGAUAUAGAUGUAUAUUAUCCUUGUGAUAAUGAAGAUAAUGGAAUAGUGAAUGUUGCAUGGAGGGGAUCUUCUAUUGAUAAUAAAAUGUAUGAUCUUAUUGGUUGUACAUUACUUUUAAAAUACCUCACAGAUACAUCAGUUAGUCCAGUGCAAAAAGAAUUUGUUGAAAUUGAUGAUGCAUAUGCCAGUAAUGUUGGUUACUCUUAUCCUAAAUAUACAAUAUCUGAACUAUGUCUUGAAUUUGAAAGUGUACCAAAAUUAAAAAUACCUUUGAUAAAAGAUCAAUUGUUAAAAGUACUGAAUGAUGUGUAUGAAAAAGGAAUUGAUAUGAAACGAAUGAAAACAGUUGUUCAUAGACGUAUUCUUGAAACUUUGAGUUGUUUAGAAAAUGAACCUCAUGAUUCAGUUGCACAUAUGCUUUUUGGAUAUGCACUUUAUGGUAAUUCUAAGGAUGAUUUGGAUCAAAGAACGAAUGAAAUACAAGAUUUUCGGAAAUUAGAAACUGAGCCUGAAUCUUAUUGGUUAAAUUUGUUAAAAACAUAUUUUAUUGAUCCUCCAUUUGUAAUAGUUAAAGGAAUUCCUAGUUUAGAAAAAAAACAUGAAUUAACUGAAAAAGAAAAAGUUCGUGUUGCUAAACAGAUUGAAAAUUUAGGUAAAGAAGGUCUUCAAGAGAAAGAAAGAAAAUUACAAGAAGCAAUUGCUAAGAAUAAUAUACCAGUACCAGAUGAAAUAUUGAGUUCUGUUCCUAUACCAUCUACUCAUCUUAUCAAUUUCCACUACAUUAAAAGUUAUACAACAGAAACGAGUAAACAACAUUCUAGAUUUGAUGUAUCGAAAUUGCCAUUUUAUACAUAUUUGGAUCAUGUUAAUACAAAUUUUGUUUAUAUGUUUGUUAUUAUGAAUACUUCAAAUGUGAAAAAAGAAUAUAAACCUUACAUUCCUUUAUUGCUGGAAAUAAUAAUGGAAUGUCCAGUAAUGAGAAAUGGUCAACUCAUUCCGUAUGAAGAAAUUGUAGCUGAAUUGGAAGCUGAUACUACAAACAAUGCUACUGCACUUGGAGUUGGAAUUAAUUCUUCGAAAUUUUCAUGUGGAUUAUAUAGUUAUAGUGCUCUUUUAAUACUUCAAAUUGAAAUUGAAAAAUAUGAAAAAGGUGUACAAUGGAUUAAAGAACUUUUAUAUGAAACUAAAUUAACUCCAGAUAGAUUAAAAAUAACAGCUGCAAAAAUGGUAAAUGAUGUUGCUCAAGUUAAGAGACAAGGAAAUAAAGUAGUAAAUGAUUUGAUGAAAGGAUUGAUAUAUAAUAAGGAUAGCAAUCCUUACACAUCUAGUAUGUUACGACAACAAAAAUUCCUUAAUAAUGUUCUAGAACGUUUGAAUAAUGAAACAGGACAAAAAGAAAUUGUAUCUGAAAUUGAAUCAGUUAGAGAACUAUUAACAAUACCUAAAAACAUGGUAUUAUACAUGGCAACUAAUGUGGAUAAAUUAACUGCUCAAGUACCAAAUGUUUAUAAUCCAUGGAACACUUACUUUUCUACUUUUGAUACAUCAAGCAAGAUUAAACUCGAAGCCAUUCCUGAUUCUACAUUGAUAAAUUCUCCAGAUGAAAUUCCAUUUAGAGGGUGUGUUACAGGAUUAGGUAGCAUAGAAUCUUCUUAUUUAUGUCAGUGUUGUCCAUGUAUAAGUGAUUACCAGAGUCCAGAUCUAGCUCCUUUACUUGUUUGUAUAAAAUAUUUAACUCAAUUAGAGGGUCCUAUGUGGAAACUUAUUAGAGGUCAGGGUCUAUCUUAUGGAUAUGCUAUCUAUCCUAAACCAAAUGAUGGCCUAUUAUAUUUUUCACUUUAUAAAUCUACAAAUGUUAUAGCAGCUUAUAAAGAAGCAAAAUCAAUUGUAGAAAUUCAUAUUUUUGAAAAUAAAUGGGAAAAAUUACUUUUUGAAUCAGCAAAAUCUUGUUUAAUAUUUGAAAUUAUUGAAAAAGAACAAAAUGUAGGUGAUUUAGUAGAACAAUCAUUACUGUCUUACUUUAAAAAUGUACCACAUGAUUAUACUCAACAAAUGGUACAACAUGUAUCUGAAGUAACAAUUGAAGAUAUGGAUCGUAUAGCAUCACAAUACUUAAAACCAUUAUUUGAUCCAAAAGAAUGUAGAACAACUGUUGUAUGUCAUCCAUCGAAAGUACCGGAAAUAGUUGAUGCAUUUAAAACAUUCAAUCACGAUCUUAAAUCGUAUAAUGUUCUUGAAGAAAGUUACUUAAAUGACUGUGUCUAAUGGUUCUACAUCAGGUACUUCUCGUCCACGAUAAUAUGGUUUAAAAUUUUUCAAAGGCAAUAUCACAGUUGAAAAAUCAAUAUUUGACAUUGGUGCCUAAUGUGAUUUAAUAUGAUUUUUAUAUUAAAUUAACAUAUAUUUGGAAAUUAUUUUUAUUUAAAACUUUUUAAAUAAUUAAUAAUAAUGUAAUUUAAAUAUAUCCAAAAAAUUAUUUUAUUAUAAUUUAAUAAUUUUUUUAUAUUGUUUUUAGAAAUAAUUUAAAAUAAUGUAACUAAAAUUUACCGUGAAAAAUUGUUCAUAUGUUAUAUCUUUAUUUGAAUGAAGACCUUUGUGUCUAAGAACAACUUUAUAGUAAAUAUUGCUGCCUUGUCCUCGACAAUUGAUUUCAACAUUUUUAAAAUUAGAUAAAUUUAAAUUAGUAAUUGUACGUAUUCCUGCAAAACCUGCACCAUUUAGUUGUGGAUUCAAAAGAGUAAAGAAUACAGCAUAUUGAAAAAUUUGUGUUGUUUGCAAUACUAAAACAGCUUUUGACUUUCCUACUGUUCUUACAGUAUCAGAUAUUUCUUUCCAAUUAUCUACAUUUUCUACAGUUGUAAAAUCAAAAAGUAUUUCUUUAUGCCUAAUAAAUUAUAAAAAUAAAAAAUAAAUUUGAUUAUUUGAAAACA